GUUUUUGUAUCGUAUCUUGACUCCACCGCGUGCUUCAUCGAAAGUUUGAUUUCUCGUAAGUGAUUUAAAAUUAUGGGAAAACUUAACAAAAAGUUAAUUCAAUCCAAACCAAGUCCCAAGCCAGACAAAAAGGAUGCCGAUUCUAAAGCAGUAUCUGGGCCUUUCCCUAUUUAUCGCACCAUACCUGUUCAGUUAAACGGUCCAGAACCGAAAUCGUUCAAGGUUUCAUCAAAAUCGAAGAAAACAAAGAUCACAGCUAAACCGAUUCCGGCACCGGAGAAUGUACAACCGGAACCAGCAAACAACGAACCAAAGGAUGCCGGUAAGGUUAAAAAGCUCCGAAAGACAACCAUCAGCAGGCUGAACAAAAAAGAGAAAAUAAAGUUCCGGAAAGACGAAAUGCUGAAGAAGGUCGAGCUCACCCAAAAAGCGUUCAAGGAGGACAAACUGAAGAAGAAGCGGGAAAAAACGGCAGUAACCGGAGAUAUGAGACCCCUCUUGGAUGCGCUUCCUUCGCUGGAUUCCCUGUUCAAGAUGAAAUCUGCCGACACAAUCAAAACCGGAGUUCCCAAGUAUGACAAGAAGGCAAUCCCCAAGACGAAACAGCAACUCAAAGUGGAACGGCUGAAGAAGAAAAAGGUCGACUUCUUGGCCCGCUGCCAGAAGGUGAACCAGGUUCUCAAGUCGAAGAAGUUCAAGAAAAAUCCCAAGAAAAUGAUUGCUGAACACAUACGGAACACUCGGAAGGAACAGCUGCAGUUGUUGAUGGGGGGCUCGUAGAAUUACUUAGUCGAUAAGAUUGUGUACAGUAAUGAUGUAUUAGAUUUAUCAGCAUUGGCCUUGGAAAACGAUCCGUAGGUUCGCCAAAUUUGAAAUGUAUUAAAAUUCUUAUGAACUGAAAAUUAAUAAAAAAAAAUGUAUUUUCGGAGAUGAAGAUGAA